AUGGCAGGAAAUGAAGAUUCCCCUUCUCACACUGUGUCUGCACAAGAAAUUCAGGAAGUGCGUGCACAAAUGCAACAAUUGAUGCAAGGGAUGCAAGCGCUUCAACGAUCACUACAGCAGCAACAUGGGGAGCAUCCACCUCAUGAUGAUGAACACAUUGAGGAUGAUGAUCAACAUGCCGGUGGCGGUGGUGGUGGUCGUGGCCGAGGAUUCGCUGCUGGUUUUGAUAACUUUGCAGGUGGCCGUGGCCGAGGAUUUGCUGCUGGUUUUGGUCGUGCACGACGUGUUCCUGUUGGGCAUCCUCCUGAUCUUGAUGCUGAAGCAUUUUCAAAUUAUAGUGCUGAACAUGGAGGUGAUCCUUAUGGUCGCCGUGGUGCAUAUGAUGAUCAUGGUGGUGAUAACUUUGGCCGUUUUGGAGCCCGUGGUCGUUAUGGUGAUCACCGUCGACGUCAUCAUGAACGACGUCACAAUGAUGAUGGUUUGGGCAAGGUUAAAGUGUCCAUUCCUCCAUUCAGCGGCAAGGAGAAUGCUGAUGAUUACUUUGAAUGGGAAACCAAAAUGGAGCAACUAUUUGAUUUGUAUGAAUACCCUGCUGAAAAGAAGGCAAAGCUUGCAGCCAUUGAGUUUAAAGGUUAUGCCAUAACUUGGUGGAAUCAGGUCCGUACUGAAUAUCAAAGAGUUGGGCAUGAUCGUAUAACUUGGGAAGACAUGAAGAGGGAAAUGAGACGUCGUUUUGUUCCUGCAUAUUAUUCUCGUGAUCUACAUUUGAAACUGAAACGUCUUGUGCAAGGUACUCGCAGUGUUGAUGAAUAUUUUCAGGAAUUGGAAAUGUGCUUACUUCGUACAGGGAUAACUGAGGAUGAGGAAUCAACAAUGGCUCGGUUUCUGGUUGGCCUCAAUAAACCCAUUGCUGAUAAAGUGGAUAUGACAAAUUACACUUGUCUCACUGAGUUGGUUCAUUUUGCAAAGAGGGCUGAAAGACAAGUUGCUACGUCUUACAAAUACAAUGCUUCAUGGCGUCAUUCCCAACAGCAAGGGGAUGUCACUCCUCAAUUCCAACAGCAAGGAGCUGCAACGCCCAAAUCCUCAUCUCGUGGAACAAAUAGAUCCAUUCCACCUUCUUCCAAACAAUUGGAUACGAAAGGUAAAGCUGUGAGUUCAAAUCAGCCCACUUCUUCUACUGCAGCCACCCAACGCAAGACAAGCAAGAUUGAGUGUUUUAAGUGUGGUGGUCAUGGGCAUAAACAAGCUGAAUGUCCCAAUCGUCGUACUAUUAUUGCCCUUGCUGAUGGUUCUUAUGAUUCACAAAGUGAAGAGGAGGAUGCGCUUACCAAUGUAUUUUCAGAUUUUAAUCUUGACACUUGUGAGUAUUCAGCAGAGGAUGUCAUCAUAGAUGGUGGGAGCUGCAAUAAUAUUGUUAGUGCUUUGCUUGUUGAGAAGCUUGGUUUGCAGCCACGUCGCCAUCCACAUCCGUACCAUAUGCAAUGGCUGAAUAAUUCCGGGACAGUUAAGGUUUCAGCCAUGAUUCGUUUGUCAUUUUCCAUUGGUGAUUAUCAUGGAGAGGUGGAUUGUGAUAUUGUCCCCAUGCAAGCAUGCCAUUUGCUGCUUGGUCGGCCCUGGCAAUUUGAUGUGGACUCAGUGCAUUUUGGACGGUCUAACAAAUACACUUUCAUUCACAAUGACAAGAAGGUGGUUCUUGUUCCAUUAUCUCCAGAGGAGAUACAUACUUCAGAUAUGGCUCGCAAGAAAAGAGAGGAAUCAGACAAAAGAAAAUUGAGUGAGACCCCCAACCCAAGUAAGGGAGAGAUCCCAAAGAAAGAUGGCUCUUGGCGUAUGUGUGUUGAUUGUCGUGCUAUCAAUGCUAUAACUGUUCGAUAUCGCCAUCCCAUUCCACGACUUGAUGACAUGUUAGAUGAAUUGAGUGGUUCUAUCAUUUUCACCAAAAUAGAUUUGCGUAGUGGUUAUCAUCAAAUCCGCAUGAAACUUGGUGAUGAAUGGAAAACAGCGUUUAAAACUAAAUUUGGUCUCUAUGAAUGGCUUGUGAUGCCAUUUGGCUUGACAAAUGCUCCUUCAACUUUUAUGCGCUUAAUGAAUCAUGUUUUACGAGCUUUCAUUGGCAAGUUUGUUGUUGUUUAUUUUGAUGAUAUUCUGAUCUAUAGCAAAUCAUUUGAUGAACAUCUUGAUCAUAUCCAUCAAGUACUUGCUGUUUUGAGGGAAGAGAAAUUGUAUGGCAACAUUGCUAAGUGCACCUUUUGCACAGACCGUGUUGUUUUCCUUGGCUUUGUUGUUUCCGCAGAUGGUAUUCAGGUUGAUGAAGAGAAGGUUAAAGCAAUAAAGGAUUGGCCUACACCGGUAAAUGUGAGCCAAAAGGAUGUUCCAUUCAAGUGGGGAGAUGAACAAGACCAAGCCUUCAAUGAGCUAAAAACAAAGCUUUGUGAAGCACCGCUGCUACAACUUCCUGAUUUUGGUAAGACAUUUGAGAUCGAAUGUGAUGCAAGUGGUAUUGGCAUAGGAGGUGUACUGCUGCAAGAAGGUAAACCUGUUGCCUACUUUUCUGAAAAGUUAAAUGGUCCACAUCUGAAUUACUCGGUUUAUGACAAAGAGCUUUAUGCCUUAGUUCGUGUUUUGGAAGUUUGGCAAUAUUACUUGUUACCUAAAGAAUUUGUAAUCCAUUCUGAUCAUGAAGCUUUGAAAUAUCUUAAAAGUCAAGGCAAGCUGAACCGUCGACAUGCUAAAUGGAUUGAGUUCAUUGAAACGUUUCCCUAUGUUGUCAAACAUAAGCGUGAAGCACAUGCAGGUGGACUAGCUGUCCAUUCUACAACAAACUCUUGUCCAUUUGAAAUUGUUUAUGGGUUUAAACCGCAUACUCCCAUGGAUCUUUUGCCUUUACCAUUACAGGAACAAGUUAACUUGGAUGCCACAAAAAGAUCAGACUUUAUCAAGCGGUUACAUGCGGAGACAAGAAAGAAUAUUGAGAAGAAAUCAGCACAAUAUGCAAAGCAAGCAAACAAAGGUAAGAAGAAGGUUACAUUUCAGCCAGGAGAUCUUGUAUGGUUGCAUCUACGAAAGGAUCGCUUUCCCCAACAGCGUAAGAGUAAGUUAUCUCCUCGGGGUGAUGGUCCGUUCAAGGUUCUCCAAAAGAUAAAUGAUAAUGCUUACAAAAUU